GUUUAGGGCUAAGUACAUUGUCACUGUCACCACCAGCCGCCGCCGCCGCCGCCGCUUCUCUCUUUUAGUUGAUUUGGAUCCCACUCCAUGAAUGGCAGAAGAUUUGCAUAAUGGCAACACACUGCUAAAGAUAAAUUACGAAUGGCGGGUGCAAAAUUACAAGGGGUAUAAGACUGAAGGGUACGGGGAAGCCCUCGAGAGCCCUAGAUUUCCCGGGCCGAAUGGCCAUUCAUUCAAGAUAAUAUUCUACCCGGGAGGUGCUACGCUAAACGACUACAUUGACAACCGUGCAUCAUUCGCCAUCGAAACUACACAAACAGCUCAGUUGGUUCUUGCUUUCCGGAUUAUGGAUUCAUUUAGUAUAACACACACCUACAAGACUUCCUCAUUUGAUCAAAGAGACUUUUUUAGACAUGUGUUUACUGUCCAAGCUGGACAUACAUCUCCCACUCUUCAUAUGUAUAGACCCAGUAUCGAACCCGUGAUAGGAUAUUCCCUAAAGAUUAAGGCGACAAUUGGGGUUUUUAUCAAUACCAUCCGUCCCCCAAUUGAUCCUUUCCUAUAUUUUCGAGUAAAUGAUAACCGAUUCUUCGCAGAGCGGUCUAUAAUAGAAAAACGAUGCCCAGCUCUUCUACCAAAUCACCAUGCCGAUGCUGACAUUGUUAUUUCAGAUGUUGGUUCAUAUUUAUUUGAGGCUCUGUUAUGGUUCAUAUAUCACAACAAGCUUCAUUUUUGGGACCGACUAUUUAUCGAAAAAUCCAACAGGCGCGAUCCCAAUUCGUUUCGCAUGAGGAUCAGGAGAGUAGCUAUACACUACCAAUUGCCCGGUUUCGCUGGCGAUUCCAGGGUGAAAUUGGAAGAUUUAUAUCGCCCAUUCUUGAAAGCAUGGAACACUUUACGGCAGAUUACAAAAGCUAAGAGCAAGGUAGCUAAAAUUAUGCCUGAUCCAUAAGCAAGUGAUUCACAAAUGAUGGAUUAUUGAAGGAAGAUUGGUGUGAUCAGAUUUUAUUAAUAAAUUCACAAAAAUACUUAGUAGAGCUACUUUUUUUUGUUAGGCGUUGUUCAUUACUUUCAUUCUAUUGAGUUUCGGUUGCGAUACAUA